GUUUUUUUUUUGACAUUCGAGUUUUCCAUAAUUUUUCAGCUCGCGGCUGCAAGAAUUCGUCUUUCGCCGACCGACGAAUAAUGGCAGCUCUAAUCAAAGGAUUGAAAUUGGCCUCACAAAUUACCCCAAAACAUACGUCUCUGUUCGCGUUAGCCUCAAGGCAAGCACACGGAUGGAAUAAAGAUUUCAAGCCCGGCAAGUACCCAGAAACAGAAAAGGAACGAGAAGCCGCAGCUCGUAAAUACGGGUUGCAUCCGUCGGAGUAUCAAACAUAUCCUGAUGAUGGGGCUGGGUUUGGAGACUAUCCAAAACUGCCAGACACACCGGUAGAAGCACGCGAUCCUUACUAUCCAUACGAUUUUCCUGAGCUUAAGAGAAAUUUACAUGAUCCGGUUCACGUCCACGCAGGCAUCUGGGGCGAAGAUCGUUUCGGAAGUGCUGAACCGCUGCGCUUUCCGAUAGCCAAUCAAUGGUUCACCUUCCUUGGUGUAAUGGCGGGAUGUUUCGCACUUUACUACUGGUUGGAGGAUUACAAGAUGUUCCGACCGGUUUUGGCCAAGCAGUACCCACACGAGGGUCCACACUACACAUUUGAAAAGAAGUAAGAGGUUGAACUGCCGGUGUACGGAUAAAGAAUGGUGCAGACCAUUAUUUUACAAAAUUGUUUGCAAUAGUAAUAUAUGUUCAUGGCAUGCCAGAGAGGCCACUACCGCAGUAGAAUAAACUGGUGGUUUGUAUUUCCAGAUGAGUGUCAUUCUAAUUUAUGUAAAUAUACUGGCUAGUUGAACAACCA